AUGGAGGCUGCUCCUCUGGGGGCAAACAGCAGCGGAGACAGCUACACGCGUGUCCAAACACACGGCUCCGACAGACGCCAUCUGCCAUGUGUCGCCACUGCAUCCACCCCACCUCCCGCCUGCCCCUCUUUCCACUUUCCACCGCAAAGAAAGAAAUCAUUCAGUCCAGUCCUCUCUCCCCAGACAGGGGCCGCAAAAAACCAGAACCAAGAACAUCAGAGUGGCCCAUGUGACGGCUCAGGUUUAUAUGAAGGCAGACGGCAACUUUUUGGACUAAAAACAAAGGAUGGCCAUGCUGUGGCGGUGGUGGAUCUCUGUCUUUGCUGUGUGGGUGGGUCUCGUGUCUCCAGCGCUCUGUCAAAGUGGAGAUGGAGACUGGGGGUCCGGACAACAAACAAGCCAGAAUCAAUCCCCCUGAGUCAAACACCGCCUCCUGUCCCCACGCUCCUGUACGAACCCCAGCCUGAUAAAUGCUCCGUGCACUUUAGCACCAAAACUUCUCCCAGGCUGAGAGUGUACCAGGAGGAGAUGUUCUACCUCCAGGCCAUCCAACACGGGAACAGAGCGGUAAUGGAUAACCUGGAACAAUACGUGGGGGCAGAGCUCGGGAAACUCAGUUAUGAAGACAUUAUCAAGGAGAAUAUCAUCGGCAUUCAAGCUGAGCACAAGAGCUGCCAUGAAACGGUGGAAAAGUCAGAGGAGGAUCUGAAGAAGCAGCUGGAAGGGGAGGCACUGGGAGCUGUGUCAGGGAUGCAGAAAGUCAGAGAGGAGUCCUUGGCCUUUGAAAACAUGCUUUCUACAGCAUCUGACAUUGCCACUCGACUGGAGAGCUCUGCCCUGGCCCUGCAAGCUGCAUUCACCAGGAAGCUCACAAAUAUUGUCAACACGCAUCAAUAA